AUGCCACUUGACGAGAUGCCACUCAACAUGGUGUUCCGUGGUGUUUCACGCGUCAUCAGCCCAAGCGAGACUCAGGGCAUGACCAGUUGUGGUGUUUCCACCAAACGCGCAGAAUGCUGGGCCAUCGAAAGUCUCGGCCAGGACCAGCCGGUCAAAGACCCAGAGAUCAACCAGAAGAUCCGCAAGAUGCUCGUGGACGUCCUCAAGCUCGAAAACAUUCCUGCAGCAAUUCGCCAGGAUGUCUCAAACCUGAUCGCCAAAGGCAUUGAGGCCUUGGAUGUUACUACUCCCGCUGCGCAGUCGAUGGCGGUUGUCCCGGCUCCACCCAUCCAGACAUGCCUAGGUACUGGAGUUGUCAAUCACCAAAAGCCACAGGGCUCGAAGAAGAAGGAGUUUUGCUCCUACUGGAUCCGUCACGGAGAAUGUGACUACCAGCAGCAGGGCUGCCUGUUUCGACAUGCCAUGCCAACCCAGCCCGAAGCGCUGGAGAAGCUGGGCCUUCGUGACAUCCCACGCUGGUACCGUGAAAAGUUCAACUUGGCAAGUGUUCUUCAGCAAGGAGGGCCCCGACUGCAGCAGCCAUUCAUCACCAUGGAUGCCCUGCCUGCUACCCAGAAGGCGAUCCAAUACGCCGAUCAUUCGGAGGGCACGCAGUCGACCCACGCUGCCAUGAACCACCAUGGCCAUCCACACCACAGCCAGAACCCCGGCUAUCAGUACCCCCGCGGGGACAGCUGGGGAGAGGCUCAAAGCCCCUCCCGUGGUGGUUAUGGUGGCAGCGGCAUGCAGGGAAGAGGUCGUGGCGGCCACCCAAAUGGUCCCUAUUACAAGAACGGCCAAAGUACUUGGAACCCUCAGGUCACUCCCCAGUCUCCCUCCCAGCCAGCGAUUGGCAGUUUCCCUGUUCACAAUGCUCCGACCGGCCCGAGUGCCCAACCAGCGAUUGGCAGUUUCCGCGUGGGCAAUUUUUCCACAGCCUCGAGAAAGCGACCUGAGUCCACCUUCGCCCAGGUUGCUGCCCGUGCCGGUGGCCUGGCCACCCCGGAGACUUCUCCCAGCGUGGGCUCCAGCAAUUGUACCAACAAUUCCGGCGGUUCCACUGUGAAUAUUUCUCAAUCGGAGCAUGGCGUUGGCAAUCGAUCUCAAACCCACAAGGUCAUUCAUGAGAGCAUCAUGAACCCCGAGGAAGCUGUUGGACCCCUUACUCAAGGUAUGGGCCAGCUCGACUGCUUCGGGCUUCCUCCGGUAACCAAGACCGAGGAAGACUUCCGCAGAGGCCAUCGCCGACUCUUUGCCCCGGGCUUUGGCCACGAUGGUGCUGAUUCCUGGUGCGACGUCGUCGAUGACUUCGUCGACGUCUUUGAGGAUCCCGCUUUCGCGGAAAUUGAGGCCAUAAAGCAGUUGGUUUCCUCUGAUGCUGCCAGACCAGAAUCAAGCCUCCUCAAUGCUCUCGUUGCUGAGAGCGAGCCGCUCGAGAACAAGCGGGCUCUGGCCAACUGGGGGCCCAUUGGGGUCAAGACUAAGCAACCCGCGUCGACCAAGGCUUCCGCCCCUCCCCCUGCCAACAUGACAGAGAUCUCCAAGCUGAAGGAGACCCUCAGCGAGAUCGAGGGAGCACCUGACCUGAGCGAAAGUUCAGCCAUCGACAUGGCUCGGCUGAGUUACCGCAUGUCGAGCUCCUCUUCCUUCGACGGGGACAAUGCCGCAGCUGCUUCGUGGUUCGACUUGGCCUACAAGGCCCACGCCAAAGCCGCCUUUGCCUGGCGGCGCAAGGUGAACGGCGAGUUCGGCUCAUACUCUCCAAAUGGGCCAGAUGUCUACACGACCUGGCGGAGAAAGCGUGGAAUCGAGGACUACCCGUACGUUACGGGUAGCCGCACUAAGGAUCUCGCUUGCGGCUUCCGCGUUCCUUUCCCGGCUCCUCGUGAGUGUGCUCGACGAGAUUCGUGGCUUCGUCUCCAGAAGAGACUGAUGCGCGAAUGUGCGCAUCAUUAA